AAGUCUAUCAUGCCAAAGAUCCAGUUAAUGAUGGACUAAAAGCGGGAUUAACUUUUGCUGGCAUUGGUUUCGUGGUCGCUGCUUUGCAGAACUCGCUGCAAACACACGGUGUGGGAGCGUCUGGCGUACUUACUAAAGCAGGAGGAUCAAUAGCACACUUUGCUCUAAUCGGUGGGAUAUUUGCGGUCACACGUGCAACUACGGCUAACAUACGAAAAAGUGACGAUUGGGUCAAUAGUGCGGCUGCAGGUUGUGCGGCUGGGUUAGCAGCGGGAAUAAGAG